UUUGACCUUUCUCAAUGUUCACCAUACAAUUGCAAUGACCUGCUAUUGUUGAAUUGUUAAGUUUCAUUUUUGAACCACCUCAUAGCUUCUUGGCUUUGCAUUGACAUUGUCCAUUGAUGGCUAGUGCAGCAAUAAGCCUAAUCCUUCUCAGCUUUUCAUGUUUCAUACUCUUUACAAGACCUGCUGCUUCUCAGAACACAACAAUAGUACAGGGUGAACAGCUCAAGGGAGAAUUGUCAGCAAACAAUGGCAUGUUUAUAUUAAGGUUCCAAGCGACUGCAAUUACAGAGACAGAUAUCAGGAGUUACUUAGCAAUAUUUUACACUUACGAAAACAGGUAUCCAGUGUGGGUUGCAAACCGAGACUCUCCGAUCCUUGGCACGUCUGCAAUUCUUAUAAUUGAUACUAAUGGGAGCUUGAAAAUUCUGCAUGAUGGUGGUGAGCCUAUUUUCUUGUAUAAAGUUGAAAGGCCAUGCAACACAAGUGCCACCCUGGAGGAUUCAGGCAAUUUUGUGCUCUAUCAAGCUAAUCCUGAUGGAUCUAAGCAGGUUUUGUGGCAAAGUUUUGAUUAUCCUACUGACACACUAUUGCCAGGGAUGAAAUUAGGAAUUGAUUUAAGAACCAGGCAUAAGUGGCUUCUUACUUCCAGCAGAAGCUCCAUGUCUCCUGCCUCAGGUUCUUUUACCUUUGGUGUGGAUCCUAAUGUCACAAAUCAAUUGGUGAUCCGAUGGCUAGGUGAUGGCUACUGGACCAGUGGUCCUUGGCAGAGGGGACGCUUUAAUCUGUUAAAGGACUCGUCCCUCAAUGAAAUAUACAAGUUCAGAUACAUUUCCAAUGAGAAUGAAACGUAUUUCAAUUAUUCAGUGAAUACAGCUACUAGUAUUUUUCCAAUGUUAAGGAUGGAUUCUGAGGGUGAUCUCGUAGGUUUCCGGAGUAAUAGUUACUAUCAAGAAGUUUCAUGUUCCUUGUUUGAUGCAGGGACAGUGACUCCUGAGGAUGGUUGUGUGCAGCAAAAGCUUCCUGAAUGCAGGAGUCCUGAAGAUAUCUUCAAAUUCAGGGCCCAUGCUGGUUACAUCUCCUAUAAUGGAUUGUUUGAGUACAGUGUAAGUGAGAAUCUGACUCUUCAGGAUUGCAAGGCAAAAUGCUUGAGCAGCUGUUCUUGUGCUGCCUAUGCUUCAAAAUACAAGGAUGGCACUGGCUGUGAAAUUUGGAGUUCAACAGCUGGAUUCAGAAGAACUAAUUCAGAUGACCAGAGACAAAUUUACUUCAUUGACAAAGGAAACAAGUGGUGGCUAUGGUUAACAAUUGCAGUAGGAGGAUUUGCUAUCAUUCCCCCAGUUUUCUCCUUUUGCUAUGCCUUGUGGACAAAGCACAAGGAAAAAGGGUGGAAAAAGGUCGAUCAGAAGACUCUAUUACACGAAUUGGGAGGAAAUGCAACAGAAAGACAAGAAGAAGGAGAGAAUGAGUUACAUGUAUUUAGUUUCGAAAUCAUUGCCACUGCCACAAAUUAUUUUUCAACUGCAAAUAAGCUUGGACGAGGCGGGUUUGGACCAGUUUAUAAGGGGAGGCUAACUGAUGGAAGAGAAAUUGCAAUAAAGAGGCUUUCAACAACUUCAGGGCAAGGACUGGUGGAGUUCAAGAAUGAAGCUAUACUCAUUGCUAAACUCCAGCAUACCAACCUGGUGAGGCUUUUAGGUUUUUGUAUUCAGGGAGACGAAAAGAUUUUAGUCUAUGAGUACAUGCCAAACAAAAGCUUGGAUUUCUAUCUUUUCGAUUCUUCUAAAAAGAGUAUAUUAGAUUGGAAGAAACGUUUUAACAUUAUUGAAGGAAUUGCUCAAGGACUUCUUUAUCUCCACAAGUACUCGAGAUUAAGAGUAAUUCACAGAGAUCUAAAAGCUAGCAACAUAUUGCUUGACGAGGAGAUGAACCCAAAAAUAUCAGAUUUCGGCAUGGCUAGAAUACUUGGGUUGAAAGAAUCAGAAGCGAACACAAACAGAAUUGUUGGAACAUACGGCUACAUGUCUCCAGAGUAUGCAAUGAAUGGCAUUGUUUCAAUAAAAGUUGAUGUCUUCAGCUUUGGAGUCUUAGUACUAGAGAUUGUGAGCGGUAAGAAGAAUAACGGUGGCUAUCACUCUGAGCAUCUACUCAACCUUAUAGGAUAUGCAUGGCAGCUCUGGAAUGAAGGUAGGGGAUUAGAUCUCUUGGACCCAAUAUUGAAAGAGUUUUGCCCUCAGAAUGUGCUGAGAUGCAUUCAUGUGGGUCUCUUAUGUGUACAAUACCAUGCCACAGAUAGACCAACCAUGUCUGAUGUUGUUUCGAUGCUUUCAAAUGAAACUAUGCAAUUACCUGAACCAAAACAGCCUGCAUUUUUCAUGAAUACAGCGGCAGAAGAGCCUGACAUACCCGAAAGUCAUUCGGACAACUGUUCCAUAAAUCAAAUAUCAAUUUCUAUUAUGGAAGCCAGAUAGUAUAUUUCUGAAUCCAUAUGCACAAUAAUGACGCUAAGGGCUCGGCUACAAUUCUUAUGUUCAUUGUUUAACAGUUUAUUUGAAAUUCGGACGUCAAAUUUUUAUUUAUUUAUUUAUUUGAUCCUUGUGGGAUUAUGCAUUUGGAGAUUUUAUAAGAUAGUCAAUUUAGUGCCA